UUGCGAUUGAUGACGAGAGUGUAGAAUCAAUUAAUUCGUAUAAAGCGGAUACCAAAAUAAAACGAAUAUUGUCAACAGCAGUGCGGCUAUUGCGCAAGUUCAAACUCGCGGCGUCGCUGCGCCCCCUCAGCGGCUGCACAAAAUCUAAAAUAGUUUUAAUAUGUAUCAAGUAAACAAAAAAGUGAAACGAAUACUGCCAUCUCUAUCACGAGCAGCGUUGCGCAAAUUCCAAGUCGCGGUAUAGGUGCGCCCUUAAAACCUCGGUAGAUUUUUAUUACAAGGUUUGCAUUCAUUACGUGAAUGUAGAAUCAUUUUUAUUCGUUUACAACGGAUACCAAAAUAAAACGAAUAUUGCUAACAGCAGUGCGGCUGUUGCGCAAGUUCCAACUCGCGGCGUCGCUGCGCCCCCUCAAAAAAUCGUUACUGGUAUCAGCGGGCGUCAGUCGACACAGCACUCGCGUGUGCAACUAAACGCGCGUGGCGUAACGCGGCACGAAAGCGGCGUUGCAAGUUCUACGGCAUAGUUUACAGCAUUUGGUCGCCUGUACGGCGUGGGGAGGGCACAGGCCGGCAGUAUCGAUCGCAUAGCAAGGCAGCCGUGGAAGUGGAAGACAGUGGCUGGAAGCUUGUAAGAUAGGAAAUUGGUCAAGUUCAACAUGACUACAGUUGUACAACCCACCAUUGGUGUGGUGUCCUCAGUGCCCCUUUGCGAAAUCAAACAAAAAUCGACAACUGCAGCUCAACAAGCGGCUCGAUGGGAUGGCGACACAACGCUCAAGUUUGUCCGUUUGUACAGAUCGCAUGAAUGUCUCUGGAACUGGAAGGCAGUAAGCUACAACAACAGAGUUAACAGAGAAGAGGCAUACAAGGAUAUCCAAAAGAAAAUGAACAUCAAGGGGUUCGGAGUUACCGAGAUUAGGAAUAAGAUACGCAUUCUGAGGUCUACCUAUUCGCAGGAACUGAAGAAAAUAAAGCUCUCUAAGAUGCAUGGUUCUACCGGACUAUACAUACCUAAUCUCAAAUGGUUCGCCGAAAUGAACGAUUUCUUAAAGUUGAAUAAAACUAAAGGAGUUACGGAGAUGCCUUCUGCCUUGUUAAGGAUCGAAUCAAAUGAGGCUAACAAUGAACCUCCCACCAUCUCGAUCAAGGCAAUCCACUCCAUCAAGUCGGAACCAAUAACCAACGACAAUUCGAUAGACAAUUCUGACGACACAUUCACAGAAGACGGUGCUUACAAUGACGACAUAGACGAAUCAGAUUUCCUCCUCACCGAAGAAGAUCAAGACAUGUUUGUAAUGCCGAAGCCCAAAAAGGCUAAAAUUGAAGGAGAAGAUUCCCCAGUACACAGUCCUCAUUCCAUGAACGUAACUUCUAGGGAAUACGAAGAUGAGUUUGAUGUAUUUGGCCGGCACGUCGCAGCUCAGCUGAAGCAAUUGAGUACUUCUAAUUCUGUGAGGGCUCAGGAGAAGAUACAGUCCAUUCUGACCACAUUUAGGCUUCAGGAGAUUCAAGAAGACGAUUGAACAGAUGAAGAUAGUUUUUUACCGUUUUAUGGAAAAUGCAGUAUGGUCAGCGAAAGGUUCUCUAAAAAAAAAACGAAUUUUCCAAUAAUUCAACGUAUUUUUGCAAUGUUUAUUAACGUGCAGUAAUUCACAAUCAAUGCAUAAAGAUGCGAGAGCUUGUCGAUAUGCCUGGUAUUUCAAAUUCGACUCAUACCAGAAGAAUGGUACUUGGAUAGAUAGUUAUGCAAUUCAGAGUAUUUCCAAGAAUAAACGACAAUAAUCGAAUUUUUCCAAAAUGGUUUUUAUUUUCUCCUGGCGUUAUUUGAAGUGAGAUUCCAAAAUAAUUUGGGCUUAAACAUAGCCACUUUUCCUCCUUUAUAGAUGGCAUCAUUAGAAUUUCCAGAUGACUUUUGGUCCCUUACCCUCAAUCAUCAACUUUAUUUUUUCUUAUGGACACCAUUAGUUUUUUCGCACAGACGAAUACAACUUUUAAUUCUGAUUUCUAGGAUGUAUAAUAUAUCAUACAUUGUCGUUGCCAUACCUUAUUUAUUAAUAAAAAUAAUAUCUUCAUACUUGACCUUGACAACUUAUCACAGGUUUAUUAAGUUACGUCAAUAAGUUGCUUUAGUGUUUGGAAAGCAUAUUUGAUGGAUAUUCAGAUAAUUUGCCCAUUUUUCGAAUUUAACAAACACUAUUUUCGUACGACAGAGCUUCUCUGUAUGACACCUCAACCGUAGAUUAAUAUCUAUCAGUUAGAUGCAAGAUCUGUGCAUCGGUUUAGAUCUGAUAGAUAUGAAAUAAUAAUAAUUAAGUGAAUUUAUUGGUAACCUUCCACAUCAUAGCGAAGUUUAUCUUAACGGCUACUCUUCCACUUAACAACAAUGUGGACGAAUCAUAAUAAAAUUAAAACGUUUGUGUUUGUCUUUAGCAAUAUGCAACAUCGUCGAUCUUUUUAUUUGGCCUAAAAUUCUUGUAUGAGUUCUUGAAAUACCGUUUUCAGUACCCCUAGACCAGCUAUAGGAAGAUAUUUAGAUAUUUGAAGUCUUAUGCUAUCAAUCAACUACAGCUUAUUACAUCAAAAAUAGGAAAUAUUUACAGUUCACCUAUGCCCAGUUCACAAAAAAUAUAGGAACACUUGGUUGAUAAAAUUAUGAAACAAAUGACUAUCUAAUAAUUUCUCCUCCUUCUACAUUACUGAAAUCAAAAUUCUAUUCACCUUUGUAAAAAUCCAAUGUGGUGUCCAUAAAUAAAUAAAGUUGAUGAUUGAAGACAAGAGACGAAAGGUGAUAUUGAAAUUAUGAUAGUGAUAUUAUGCUAAUUUUUAGAUGAGAAAAAGUGCCAAUGAUAAUAUGCAAUUUAUUUACCUCAAAUGAAGUCAGGAAGAAAUAAAAACGAACAGGGAGAAGUCUUUCUUUUUGUUGCUCAUCUCCGGACAUACUCUGAAUUACAAAAUUGUGCCCUUUUCUUAGUUGCCUAAAUGCGCAACAUUUCUUCUAUUUUACCGAUUCCGUAUCUCUUUCACUUUCCGAGAUCCCCAUGAGAGAAAUUUGAAACGCCGGGUAUAGAAUCUAAGAAUUUUAAUGUUGUGAUAGAAUCAUCUACCUUACCUGCUUCUUCAAUAUGUUUAUUGAACUGACACAUGCAUAGAAGUUGGCUAAGUUAAUAGAGUUUAUGAAAACAUUUCUCAGAAAUACCAUAUUUAGUUUUCCCCUUAAAAUACUUAUGUAUGUUAUUCUUCCUUGUAGUCAAAUAACCGGAAGACACUGAAAACUUGCAAUGUAAGUUUGCAGUGAAUCAAGUUCUAUGCACAUGCCAACAAGAUGUUUAAUUUAUUACCUAUGUCUGAUCUCGUGAGAAUGAAUUUUUGUUUGUAUUUAUUAUUUAUGUGUAUGGUGUGAUUUAGGUAUGCAAUAUUUUGUUUAACCAAAUAUAUUUUUCUAAGAAAUAUGAUUACAUUCAUUUUCCUGCACAAUCUCCCAACUGACACAUUUUGAAUAUUUAUUGCGAGUUUUAGCGAGUACUUUUUGAGCAGUUGCGAAUCAUUACUAUUAUUACUACUACUGAUGGAAAAAGCAAACCUGCAUGAUGAAUAUUCUUGUAUGCUUUUUAGGUGAAGCACAAAAUUUUAACUACAUUAACGAAGUACACCAUGGUCAGUCUUAUUACAAUGAUGGAUCCAAAAACGCAGUAUCAGUGGCAUUGUUCAUAUUUUAUUUGGUUUUAGGCCGGUUCCUGCAACAAAUAUCUGCAGCAUGAAGAUACAAACUACCCAUUUCAUAAGUAUUUUUUUAUAUAUCGCAUGAAUAUAUCUAAUUGAGUAUUGAAACUGCUUGAUACUAUAUAAUUUUAGAAUGGAUAUACUGUAAUCAAUGUGAAACCGAAUCCAUGAAUUUCAUAAACAGUAUUUUAUAAUUUGUUAUAGAAUAUAAGGUGCUACGAGUAUAUAUGUUAUUAUUUUAAUCUCAUAAUAAAGCUGUGUUUUAUCGCAUUAAA